UUAGCUGACAGUCGUCGUCCCCAAAAGAGCGCCAUGUGGUCGCGCAGCAGCAGUUGCAAGAGACAAGUGGCCACCAACGAUGGUGACCCCGAAAGGGUUUUGGCGCAGGUGCAGGAGCUCAGCGACUGGCUCCUGGACAACCCACAGAUAAACGGUUGCAACACCUUCGAGAACCUGCACUUCUUUCUCAGAACCUCAAAGUUCGAUGUGGAGCGCACCAAGAAGAAGCUAAAAAACUUCUACCAAAUGCGAGCGGAGCGCACCGAAUGGUUCGAUAAUCGCGAUCCCAAGUUGCCCGAAAUCCAGGAGCUACUUAAUCUGGGGGUAUUUUUACCGAUCGGUCCGGAUGCGGAACAAAGGAUGGUGGUGGUCAUCCGAACAGCGGCACACGAUCCCAAACUUCAUACCCAGAACAAUGUCUUUAAGACCAGCAAAAUGAUAUUGGAUUUGCUGCUUAAGCUCGAACCCGAGACUUGUACCCGCGGAAUGGUGGCAAUCCUUGACAUGCAGGGCGUCCAGCUGGGCCAUGCCCUCCAAAUGAAUCCCAAGCUUAUCAAGCGGUCCGUGGAAAGCUGGACUGCCUAUCCAUGUCAGCCCAAGCUACUGGAGUUCACCAACGCCCCACGCCAUGUUAACUUCUUUUUGAAUACCUUUAGAAUAUUUAUGACGCCCAAGAUAAAGUCCAGACUUUUCGUACGACGGGAGGGAACCUCUGUGAUCUGCGAUCAUUUGCCCAAAGAUCUGGGUGGACAAGGACUCAGCUAUAAGGAACUUGGUCUCAAGUGGAAACAGCUGGUGGAGGAGAAUGCCGAUUUUUAUGUCGAGCAAGACAAAUACAAAAGCAAGCUCAAGUGAUUGGGGUUAGUGUGGCGACAGUGAUAAGAGGGCGAUUAGCCGAAUGCUAAAGAUUAAUCGCUAAACAUUUACAAUGCGCAAAUGCACAGAGGCGCAUAUCAGUAGUCAUAUUUUAUGGAAGGGUGCUAGAAGUACUCCCGAAUUCCCCACUAAACUGCAAUUAUAUUAUAAGGCAUUGCGUUAUACCUCUUUAAAAGGUGUAUUUUCAUCAUGGUAAUAAAUGUAGUUGUUUUUUUUUUGGUUGCAAAUAAAGUGUCAAUG